GUUGGGCUCGACGUUGUUCUGUGUACGUUGUACGUGUGUCUCGAUGCUCUCUCACUUGUACACGCUUCAUUUCGUGCUUCGUAUUUGGUGCGCUGUGGAACCAUAAUUCAACAAUACGGUCAGCAGUUCAGUUAGAAUUCGUGUCUCGCGUUGAAUACACACGCUGCAGCUACUCUCUGCGUCAUGUGCAUUUUCUGUUGAAGAAGAACCAAAUCAAUUCGAAUUAAAAAAAAAAAAAUCUGAAAUCAAUUCAAAGUCAAAACAACGUGCGACAUCAUUUGUUUUUCAUCUUUCGAUUCAACAAAUUGCAAAUUGCCAAAAUAUUUAGUGUAAAUCUGAUAAGCCAAGUUGGAACAUAAAAAAAAGAAGAUCAACACGCUGUUUUCCGAGCAUCAAUCCCGUUGUAUCACAUCCGAUACUACAGUCGGUUUGAAUCACAUCCCGGAGAACGAAUCAAAUCUAGCGAAUUUACGAAUGAAAAUGAACACAAAGUGCUAAAAAAAACCAAGUCACAACGAUAAAAUUCACAAUUUUUUUUCAGUCUUAGAAGUAUUUCAAGUGGGAAAAAUUGUUGAAGGAUAUUUCGUUUGACAUUCGCUCACAGAAAGUGUUGUUGAAUUUUUUUUCUGCUGAAGUUAUUGAAAGACAAAAUUGUUUGCCUGUUAAUUGCUAGUGAAAAUUGUGGUAAAAUCGACACACCAUCGGCUUGGAAUACGCCGACCGCAGAAAAAAAAAAAAAACGGAACUAAUUGAAAGAAGAGACAGUCAAGUGCCAAAUAAUUUGAGUGUGUCGUGGUGCAAACGAACAUUAAUAGAAAACUCUUCGAUCCCGUUGGACGAGGACAAAACCGUGCAAAAGAAAACACACUAUUUUCUCUCUGUUUAAGGACAAUUCAAUGGCUCUCCACUCGACAGAAGCCCUAAUGGCGGGUUAUUUGAAAUCAUCGGAUCUCGGACCGCAUGCACACAGCUACGGUGCACCACAUCCGCACCAUUCUGCACACGCACAUGGCCCAUUGCCGCCAGGAAUGCCAAUGACAUCACUACCUUUCGGUUUGCCACAUGGAUUGGAUACAUCUAUUGGCUUCCCGCAAGGUAUGUGGGGCGUUAAUACAAGGAAACAACGAAGAGAACGGACCACAUUUACACGCGGGCAAUUAGAUGUUUUAGAGGAUUUAUUUGGCAAAACUCGGUAUCCAGACAUUUUUAUGCGAGAGGAAGUAGCGUGCAAAAUUAAACUGCCAGAAUCACGAGUUCAGGUUUGGUUCAAAAACCGUCGGGCGAAAGUGCGUCAACAGCAAACACACCAGCAAUCAUCGAAUGCGAACAACUCAAAAACAUCAAGUCGAUCAACGUGCUCAUCGUCAUCAUUGUCAUCGUCACGCGGUACCGGCUCAAGCAGCGGCAACGCAAUUACCAAUAACAAUAGUAAAUCGAACAGUAUGACGACUGGAGCCUCGUCAAAAAAUACGACCGCAUCAUCGGCAUUGAAACAAGCUCAAGGAUCGAAUAACACGUCAUCGAAUAAUAAUCAAUUGUCGCAUCAAAACAGUAAUACAAACAAUAAUAGCACCGCAUCAAAUGCAAACAACGGUCUUGCAUCGAUCGGUCACAAUUCGUCACCAAUUCUACCGAUGACACCGACCUCAUCGGUCAGUCCGCCGGUCAAUGUGAUCUGUAAAAAAGAACUGAACUAUGGCAUCCAUAAUGGUGUGCCCGGAUUGAGCGAUGUCAUGAAAUCCACCGUGAUACAAGAUUCGAUCAAAGAAGAAAUGGCCGGCAUGAUUGCAUCCAAUCCGCUUGCAUACACAAACAUAAAUGCGCGCUUGGGCCAUGGCGGCAACAGCACACCACUAGGUUCAAAUUCAUCAAUCAUCACAACACCAUCGCCACCAAUGACACCAUCACAGAAUGCCCUUUCCUAUGUGCCGAACCACGAAUCAUAUUUCUGGCAUUCGCAAUACAACCAGUAUCCAAACAGCUACAAUACACCAGCUUCAUACUACUCACAAGUGGAUUAUCAAGGCCAAUCAAACUACAGCAUGGGCCAUUCCGGUUAUUCAACGUCAAACAUGGGCUUGACCGCCAGCAACACAUUCAACGGUUCGAUGACAUCACAGCCAUUCGCAUCGAACGGUCUCGAUUAUAUGUCGCCAGCUCCCGAAAAGUACGGCAUCAACAUGGUAUAAAAUCGAUUCGAUUCAUAUUUAGAACAAGGGAUUUAAUUCAUAUUUAUAAAGAACCGUUAAAUAGCUUUUGUUCAAAUUCGAGCUAAUCACAACCCAAUCCAAUUGCAAUCGAAAUAUGAUUUUUGCAACCCCAAAAAAAAAUGUUAGCGAUUUUUUUUUCUCUAUAGAAUUGCGAUUCAUAUUUGAACAAAAUCUAAAUCAAUUUUCGAACAAAUAUGGCAAAAACUAUAACUGGCGUCAAAAUUGUAAACAUAUUUGUGGAAUGGAAAUGACAAUACUCAAAAUGAAGUAGAAAAACAAAAACAUUGUUCGAAUUGGCGAAUUCAAAAUUUCACCGAAAAAAAAAAAACAAACAAAACAAUUCAUAAAUUGUGUUUUCGUUGAAUGUAAUUAUUAUCUUAAAUGUGCUUGAUUAUUAAUUGAUUUUAUCCAUUCAUGAAAAAUUUUCAUCGUGAUUUGACAAAGUUUGUUUCUUUACAAAAAAAAAAAGAAAAUAAAUAAUUUUUAAUGGAUUGUGCAACGCCGAAAA